AGAACGUUGACGACGCGCGCGCAAAUGUUAUGCAGCCACUAUUCUUAGGAUGUCGGGGACGGUGCUAGCGCGGCCCAGCAAAAUCAUUAGACCACGUUCAGGGUUGUGCAACGCCUUAGCAUAAAAGAAGGAUGGUCUACAGAAGGUGAGACCCCAGGUAACCUGUGUUUCUGUCGACGACCGCUAUCAUCUUUUAUAUUCAGAUCAUCCGGGACCCCAUCGAGAACAAGCAUGUUUUUCCCGCUAUUGCAGCGACACCUGACCCGGCACCUUACCAGCCAUCGUUUUCUUAACAACGCAGUCGUCGACGAACUAUCCGCCAUAGUCGGGCGCUCGAACGCCAGCAGUUCUGAAAUCGUGCGACAGGAGCAUUCUGGCGACCAUAGCCCUUAUGCCCGAACCCUACCUGACAUCGUCGUUUACCCAGAAAACACUGCGCAAGUGAGCGCCGUAGCGAAGACCUGUUACAAGCAUGGCGUCCCUAUGGUGCCCUAUGCCUACGGCGCGGGUCUCGAAGGUGGAGUGCAUGCAGUCAACGGUGGCGUCUGCAUCUCUUUCGCCCACAUGAACAGGAUCGUGGACGUCCACCCCAUCGAUUUCUACGUGGACGUUCAACCUGGCGCCACCUGGCGUCAAGUGAACGCGUACAUUCACGAUACCGGGCUUUGGUUCCCGAUCGAUACCGGUGCCGAGUGUUCGAUAGGGGGCAUGUGCGCAACGACGGCGUCAAGCACGAACGCCAUUCUUUACGGAACCAUGCGAGAGAACGUGCUCAAUCUCGAAGUUGUACUUUCUGAUGGACAAGUCAUCGAUACUGCUGGCAAAAAAGGGAGAUGCAAUAAAUCUGUGUCGGGAUACAAUCUUACUAAUCUCUUCAUCGGCUCUGAAGGAACGCUGGGGCUGAUUACUAAAGCCACACUCCGCCUACGCUGUCUUCCGCUAUCCAUCAUAUCCACUGUUUGUACGUUUCCGUCUGUAACUGCGGCUAUGACCGCAGUAGCUUCGCUGCUCCGAUCCAACAUUCCGCUUGCCCGUGUCGAUUUCAUGGACGAGGUAUCUGUUCGGGUGUGCAACCAUUUCAUCCACAAGCCAGUACCAGAAAUGCCUACACUGUUCAUCGAAAUUCACGGCACUACAGCGUCGACUCGAUGUCACGUCGAAGCGGUAAAAGAAAUCGUCCACAAUAACGGAGCAAGUAACUUCAAGUGGGCGACCGACAAGGAACAGCGAAGCCUCCUGUGGAAGUCCAGGAACGCGUUGCACUAUGCAACAUACAGAAUGAGGGACACUGCUCAGAUAAUCGCAACUGACGUCUGCGUUCCAAUAGGGAAUCUACCUGAGCUUAUAACGGAAACGAAAGAAGACUUCGAGGCAAACUGGAUCAUAGGUUCUGCGCUGUCGCACAUGGCCGAUGGGACAUUCCAUACGACAAUCAUGUUGGAUCCAGAGAACAAAGAAGAAGCGGAGAAAGUUGGCGAGGUGUCUGCUCGAGUGUGGGAUCGGGCUCUGAAGCUGGACGGGUCGUGUUCGGCCGAACAUGGUAUCGGGCUGGGUAGGAGGGAACUUCUUCAUCGGCAGAUGGGCAAUGAUGCGCUCGCACUUAUGAAGUCUAUCAAAACGGCGUUGGAUCCCAAGAAUAUUAUGAAUCCAGGGAAAAUAUUUUUCUGACACCUCUGGUAUAACGGGUCAUCGCCUGCGGUGUGUUGUGCGUCUAUGGAAUUCUGUGACCCUGGCAUAACGUUGAAUGACAAAAUAUACCCAUUAGAUAAUGGGUGAUAAAAAUUAUGUGGUUGUGGACACAC